AUGGACAGCCCCAAACUGUUCUGGGGGGACCAAGAUGAUCCACAAGAUCCCCAGAUGUUCCUACAAACAUUCAAGCAAGUCAUGAGGAUCACAGGAAUAACAGACAAAGCAGAGAAGAUAGAGGUGCUACAGGACUACAUAGUGCCAUGCUUGGAGGCACAGAAAUGGAUAAAGGUCUGGACACACAUAAUAUGGGCAAGAGAAGCACUCCAUCUGGCAAAAGCAGUGGAGGUAGUGAAUAACAUCAGCCUAGUCCACAUUGUCCACAAGAAGCUACCAAAGAACAAGUACAAAGCAUUCAAGGAAUUAGCAAAAGAGGUCAGAGAACUGGACAUGGAAGAAAUGCAGAGGGAGAAGGAAGAUUUGGAUGAGCACAAGAAAGAUGAUGAGGAGAGGGAGAGAAGGAUCAUACAACAGCAAAAAGCCUCCAUCACAGUGUAG